GCAUAAUAUUCUGGUGUAAAAUAAAAUAUGGACUUGGUCUUAAAGCUGCUUAUUUUUUUCCCCUUCAAGUCGUCACUGUCAACCUCAAUACUCAAAGAGCUUUCAGAUUGUAAAGGCCAUCACAAAAAAGUAUUAAUCUGAUGCCUCCUCCUCGAAACUUUGGUAUAUUAAAAACAAGCCAUCACAGAAUGAACAAAGUACCAAGAUAAAUCAGAAGUGCACUCUUUAUACAUUUUUUCUUCUUUCGAGUUACGUUGCCUGGUCCCAAGAUGUCAUUGCUCGUGAGUGCUCUCAUAUUCGGUAUCUUCCGGAACAAGGACAAACAAAAAAUAGGAAAAUAAAAUGACUCCAUAGGGAAAUUUUAAAGACCGGGUGCUCCACAAGAAUUAGGUGUACAAACUCAAUGGGAAAAUCUUGAGUACAGGGACAAUGAAAAGAACAAAAGAUGACAGGGAUGCAUGGUUAAGAAUGUGUGCAUUUUUGACGUGUUGUUGUUAUCUUCGUGAGUGCAGGUCUUCAUAAUUCACAAGGAGCAGAGUCCAACCCUUCCCGAUACUGCAGCCAUCAUGCGAUCCCGAACAACGAGACUGUCGACAGUAGCAGCCUUAGUUAGCCUGGUGGCCAUCAUAACGUUGACCAAUACACACUUUCUAGGCCGUCGCUAUGCAGCAACCAAGAGCACUCUCAUCAUCCACAGAAAUGGACGUCCAGGGAAGGGGUUGGCCCGUGUUAAAGUAACGCCACAGAUCAUCGAGGUCCUCCCUCGGAAGGAUGAUGAUCCGCCCACUCAAAAGGUGGUCCCAGUCUCGCUACACUGCAAGCAAGUGUGUAUGACUGGUUUAGGUGGAGAUUGCUACUCCCUGGACAAAGCCGUUCUAGUCUACCGCGCCAAGGUUCCCACCAACUACAUGAAGUUCCGCCAGACCGCAUACCCCAUCAUCUACGUCCCGGAGCCCCCAGACGAGAUCCUCCCGCCCUUCCGGGACAUUGACCGGUGCAUCAUGGACGAACACUACCCGGACAUGUACCUCAUUCCACGGCAAGCUUCGUGUGCCAUCGUGGGCAACGGGGGUAUACUCUCCCGGAGUGGAUGCGGUCCGGAUAUUGAUGAGCAUGACUUCAUCAUGCGGGCUAACCUUGCCCCAGUGGACGGCUACCAAUCAGACGUGGGCAGACGGACUCAGAUCACGGCAUUCAACUUAGAGAUGCUAAACAGGAUGUACUCCUCGAUUGUCCAGAGCGGACCAACAAACUUGGACAAUAGGAUUCUCCUGGAGCGCAUCAAGAUGCUGAAGAAUUCCAUUUUGUGGUAUCCCAAAUCUCUCGGUAAACUGUACCAGAGGGAGACCAUUCGCAAACUGACUGAGAAACUGAUUGAUCAUCAGUACAUGGAUGUUCACAUGGCUUAUAGCUGGAAGUCCAUCAGCAUAGAGAAAGAAUUUGGCAUUGAAGGGUUCGCCACACUCGGCCUGGACAUGUUUGCAGUGGCUAGAACAUUCUGCACUAACAUAACCCUGUACGGGUUCUACCCGUUCAACGAAGGCCCGAACGGUGUCCGAGUGCCUCAUCACUAUUACGAAGACAUGGACUUCGAGUACCAGACAACCAGACAUGAUUUUAUCUUUGAGUAUAACAAGCUGAAAUCUCUGGAGGCGAAGGGGGAGAUUAAAAUGCAAACCAAGGCGUGCAUACCUUGAGAAGGAGCACGGAAAAGACAAUAGAUGAAGGAAAGAAGGAAAAAGUAGUUAAUGUUGAACACAUGUGUUUGUCCAAAUGGUUUCAGCAAUGGAGAGCUGUUGAUAGUAUAAAACAUUGUGAGAAAAGGCUCCCUCUGAAGUAACGUAGUU